UGCUGAAUAUAAAUGUUGUCAACACUCCAUUAGCUAUGGAAAUGGAAAAACUGUGGGUCCAUUUGCAUCAAACAAUAUAGGAGUAGUCAACCUUUCUGUAAUAUAAAAAAGUUCCACUAUAAACAAUAAUGAACAUGGUCCUCUCAGCUUUUUUAAAACUAGUCUUAUGUGACUUCUAUCAGCUCAGCUCAUUGAAAUUGUAAUGAUCACACCCAAUAACAUCUUCCCUUCUAAAAAUAUAGUAAAUACAAUAAUUUCAGUGAAGUACAUUUUAUAUUUGCUACCUACAUUUUUACUUUAGCUUCAAUAGAAUGUCAUUAAAAUACCAGCAGAGAAGGAUAUUGUAGUAUUAUUUCCAUCAGAAAACACAAAUACAGCACUUGUACAGUAAACUUGUGGUAUCACACCAUGAGGUGAAGCUGCUUCUGUGCGAGGGAUCCCGUGUUACUCUCAAGAGGAAAUCCUCACCAUAUAUGGGCAAUGACGUCAUACCCACGUGGUGAACUUCGUGAGAGAUUCCAGACAGCACUAUUUCCCGUAACUACUGGGGGGCGUGGCGAACAUAUAGUACCGCUUUAAGAGUUUACAACCUCACAAUCAUUUCCAGACUUUGGCUUCUAGGUGUAUGACUAAGGACGAGAGGUUGUGCUGAGAGUCGUUUUUAGACGUUUUCGGGCGAUUUGAAAAAAAGCGAGGCGGCAUUUCCUUCCUUGUUCCCCCUUCAAGACGUGCCCGUUUGGACUCUACCGAUAUACCGCAAUAAGAAGGGAUGUAUCGAAACUUUGGGAGCCACGGACGAGACAACCCAGCGUACACAGGAGGCGCGUCUGGGUCAAACUCUGUAUCCCUGGGAAGCAGCAGCACCUCCACUACACAACAGGAGCAGAAAUUCACCAUGGCUGGCAGUCAAUUUGUACCAAGCCUCAAUGCCAUCACAACCAACCAAGACCUCCAGUGGCUGGUCCAGCCCUCCCUCAUGCAUCCACCAGGUCCCUCACAAUCUCCAGUACCUCCUUACCCUUCCCUCUCAGGGUUACGGCCGCUGGGUCCACCACCUUCCCAGUCCCACUUUCUCAGACCAGGAGUCAUAAGAGCAGCUGCAAACACUACGACUUCAACAAGGCGCAGGGCCGAUGAUCAUUUAUCUCAUGAAGAGGUGGAGAGACGGAGAGUAAGAAGAGAGCGGAAUAAACUGGCGGCAGCAAAAUGUCGCAAUCGUCGUCGGGAGCUGACCGAGUCACUUCAACAAGAAACUGACCAACUGGAGGAUGAAAAGUCCAAUUUGCAGAAGGAAAUAGCUGAAUUACAAAAAGAGAAAGAGAAGCUCGAGCUGGUACUGGAAGCUCAUCGUCCCAUUUGUAAAAGAGAGGACUCUGAUUCAGAUUCUGACCCAAACCCAGGACUUUCCACUUUAGGAGGCAUCAAAAUGGAGCCUGAAGACUCCAGCAGACCAGGACCCUCAAGAAAAGUGCCAACAAAGAUGGAGAAGCCCAAACCGAAGAUCACCAUCCCUACCAAGCCUGUGACAUCGUCUGCUUCCGCUAUUACCUUUGAAGCAGAGUCGCUCCACACCCCGGUCCUCAUAUCCACUCCCUCUCUCACUCCCUUCAUGGCCAGUAUGAUUUUCACCUAUCCUUCUGCCUCUUCAGAAGCUGGCACCUCCAACACAUCCCACGUUACAUCACAUCAGGGAAAUGUCCACAAUUCUCAAGCCCCACAACCUUGUGGGGUGGCUCAUCGCCGCAGCAGCAGCAGCGGUGACCAAUCAGAUCACUCCCUGCACUCCCCGACCAUCCUCACACUGUGACUGAUGGCCCUGUCAUCCUGAAAACACUAAAGUUCAGUCCUGACACAGUCUAAGUCAUAGUGUGUUUGUGUGUGUGUUACAAAAACGAUCUCUGGGAAACAUGACAGAGAUGAAAACGAUGAUUGUGAUAACCAUUUCAAUGUGAGCUGUGUGAAUCUGCUUCAUUUCAUCUUUUUAGAAAGUAAAUUCUACACUUAGAUAAAAUGCAAAUUUGCGGCAUUAUCAGGAUAUGAUUAUUACACUCUUUAUAGAUUUUGAAUAUUUUAAAUAUAUAGUCUUUAUAUUUCAGAUUUUAAAAGCUGUAAGGUGGCAUAAGGAGUAUGUUUGAAACAUUGCAUGCAGAAUAUAUUAUAUAAAUUAUAAAAGCUAUCUGGGAAUGAAUAUGAUAACUCUAAUAAUAUAUUAAUAGAAAUAAGUCUAUAUGAUAUUGUAUUUAGUGACAUGUUACACUGUUUUGUGUUAUAUAACACUUUAUAAAUGUCCUCACCAAGGAAAAUAGAGUACUUACAAAUAAAAGGUCCUUAUUUUU